AUGAGCGCAACCACUACAAACACAUCCUUGCUGAAGGAUCUUGCGUCGUCGCCCAACCCGUUUCAGGCCGCCACCCCCGCCAGUACCAACAACGGUGGCAAUAGCAGUGGCACCAAGCGCGGGCGGGCGUCGGGCACCAUCCUUUUUAAUCCAGCAGUAACGCCGUGCAAGUCGACUUCGUCACGGCGCACGCAGCUGUCUCACAUUUCCGACAAGCCGCCGGCCACGAUCCAGGACGGCCCGUCACUGGCGAACCUGAUAACGGAUCUGGACGGCAACCUGCAUCUGGAGCCGACGCCGCGCAAGACGCCGAUGUUCUCGCCAUUCAGCGACCGCACGGCGGGGGAGCUGGCGUGCACACCGGCGCCGACUCUGCGGCACAAGCGCGGGUUCGAGGAGUUUGCAGUCGCCUGGGUUUGCGUUCAAUUCGCCCACGCCGACCGAUGUUUAGGAGGCAGGUGA